AGAGCGCAAUGAUCUAGCACAAGAUAUACAAGCAAGCGAGAGAAACGCAUCCAAAAACAAUCGUGCAAACUCCACUUAUCCGGUUCAGCCAGCCAGCCAGCAGAAAAAGACGUACACGUAGACAGGUAUCUUCUGUCCGUACGCAUAUCGGUAUAACGUUUCGUCGUGAAAGUCGUUUUAUAGUCUAGCUUCCGCAGAAUGCGAGUGACCAACAUUCGCCGGGGGCGGAUUGCCAAAAUCGCCGUCAUCGCUGUGGUACUGUUGUUUAUACUGUAUAUUAUUGCAACCUGGUCCGGAGUUGAUCAGCAGGCAAUGAAAGACGUUUAUAAUGCCCGUUUCGUGGGACACAGAUCGGGCGAUCAACAAGCGGAACAACUAGACCACAGGAACAUCUAUCCGGUAUUGAUUGAAGGUCUGGGUAAUUUCGAACCGAAGGAAGUGGAUCAACGCGAUGGCCCCGGUGAAGGUGGCAAGGCAUACAUUGUGCCCGAAAAUCAACAGAAUCGAGCUUCCGAUGCAGAAAUGGAGUACGGCAUGAACAUUGUGGUGUCGGACACGAUUUCGCUAGAUCGUACUAUUCGGGACACACGACUUGAGGAAUGCAGACACUGGGAUUAUCCAUACGAUCUACCUAGCACCAGUGUAAUUAUUGUGUUUCACAAUGAGGGCUUCUCGGUUCUAAUGCGAACGGUUCACUCGGUACUGAAUCGUUCGCCCAAGCAUGUGUUGCACGAGAUUAUUCUGGUGGACGAUUUCUCCGAUAAGGAAGACUUGAAAGAAAAACUGGAAACCUACAUCGAACGGUUCGACGGUAAAGUUCGGCUAAUUCGAAACGUUGAACGGGAAGGGCUGAUUAGGACACGGUCGCGUGGAGCCAAGGAAGCGACCGGUGAAGUGAUUGUUUAUCUCGAUGCACAUUGCGAGGUCAACACAAACUGGUUACCUCCACUGUUGGCACCGAUCUACCGUGACAGAACCGUUAUGACCGUUCCUGUUAUCGAUGGAAUAGACCACAAAAGUUUCGAAUAUCGACCGGUGUAUGCCGACGGGCAUCAUUAUCGGGGUAUCUUCGAAUGGGGCAUGCUGUACAAGGAGAACGAGGUGCCACGGCGCGAACAGAAAAGGCGAAAACAUGACAGCGAACCUUACAAAAGCCCGACGCAUGCCGGCGGUCUGUUUGCUAUCAAUCGAAAGUUUUUCCUGGAAAUCGGAGCCUACGAUCCGGGCCUGUUGGUGUGGGGUGGAGAAAAUUUUGAGCUUAGUUUCAAAAUCUGGCAGUGCGGUGGUAGCAUCGAGUGGGUUCCAUGCUCUCGGGUCGGUCACGUUUAUCGCGGCUUUAUGCCGUACAAUUUCGGCAAGUUGGCGAACAAGAAGAAAGGUCCACUGAUUACGAUCAACUAUAAACGAGUGAUCGAAACGUGGUUCGACGAACAGUACAAGGAAUAUUUCUAUACGAGAGAACCUUUGGCACGAUUCUUGGAUAUGGGUGACAUCAGUGAUCAGCUGGCAUUGAAGGAACGGCUCCAGUGUAAGAGCUUCCAGUGGUACAUGGAUAACGUGGCGUACGAUGUGUUGGAUAAAUAUCCAGCUCUGCCGGAAAAUCUCUACUGGGGUGAGCUGAAAAAUUCUGGCACUGAGAAAUGUGUCGAUGCGUUGGGUCGUCAACCGCCGGCCAUCAUCGGGCUUCAGCACUGCCAUGGCCAAGGGCACAACCAGCUGAUUCGACUGAAUGCCGCUGGUCAACUGGGUGUAGGCGAAAGAUGCAUCGAAGCGGACAAACAGGGCAUCAAGAUAGCUUUCUGUCGACUUGGAACGGUGGAUGGACCUUGGCAGUACGAUGAAGCUACGUCGACCUUACUUCACCGGACCUACAAAAUGUGCAUGGGCUAUCAUCCGCAGACGAGAGCUCUCGCACUGAUGCCAUGUGAUGUCCAAAAUGCAUACCAAUCUUGGAAAUUCCACAGUAUCACUCCACGAUGGUAGGUCGUUCUGAAUAAAAGAAGAGAAAAAAAAACCCGUAACUGACGCAUUCCCCUCAAAACCAUUUGGUAGGCAUUGAUCAAAAUCCAGCCAAUCAAAUAUAUCAAUCAAACCUUUUUUUCGUAAACAUCCAACCGCGGCGAAAGUCGCCUAAUUUAAGGACACGAGAACAAAACGCCUGUAUAUACCGACAAAUAGGCCCGUACGUAAUUGACUGUUGUUUUUUUUUUCCUUCACACGAUGGACUUGUACAUACUUAUUAUACAUGAAAGUGUUGAGAAUUUUUUUUUAGAAAAUACUUCUUGUUGACUGAACUUCCCAUAGAAGUUAAAAUUCGAAAUUGUAUAAGCAAACUUGCCAAAACUACUUAAUAAAAAAAAACGAAAAAGGGAACGCAUCCUUGAAUCGCAGUAUUUGAACAAUGAAAUUACAAGUCUUACGAAAUCAUAGAACAACUUUUAUUUUUUUUUUGUUUUGCUUUCAAAUUCGCACCGUUAUCGAUUAACUUAUUGUUUUUAGCAAGCAACUACUGUUUCGACUAAUAUAUGCAAUAAUGACAUUCAUACGUGGGACUGUGUGUGCCUUCUUUCGCAGUGAUUGAAUGCCAAAUCACCUCUGAAACGAAAUGCAAAUUGACUAUCUAUUAUUUAUUAGUUGCACUUUAGUUUUAAUUACAAUUUUUUGAGUUAUCAGUCAGUCUAAAUAUAGGUCUGCAAAUGUGUUUCUAAGAUUUUAAUCAAUAGAAUUACCAUAGCACAGUCAGAAAAAAAAGUUAAACCGAACCACGAAAGCAACAGUUGAUCAUCCUAAGUUAAAUUAAGACCGAAUGGCAAUGAAUAAACAAACCUGUUAGGAUAAUUUUUCUACUGUAUAGGAUGAAAAAAUACUUUUAAUAAAUAAACAUGAAGGUUCUUCCUGUUUAAGACGUUUCGAUUGA